GUCCGUAUUUUCUGUUUAUGUACGUGUCUGUGCGUGUGUAUGCUUUCCUAUAAGAGUUUACUGAAAUUUCGAAUAGCGUCCACCGCCAGAAUGGCAGCUGCGGCACCAAACCCAGACGACUCGAACCGGAGCGGUGGCGGCACCGGCACUGCCAGUGCCCUCGCUGCGGACGGGGACUCGGAAGAGGCCGAGGACUUCACCUCUUCCUCGCACUGCUCCGAGCUGUCUCGCCGGCAGAACGAGCAGAGGAAGCAGGGCUUGUUCUGCGACGUGACUCUGGCCUUCAGCAGCGGGGCGGCCACCGGCAGCGUGCAGACCUGCGAGUUUUCCGCUCACCGCUCCGUCCUGGCCGCGGCCACAGACUACUUCACGCCGCUCCUGGGAGGACAAUUUUCGGAGUCGCUGUCGGGCCGGGUGGAAAUGAAGGAGUGGAGUUCCGAGAUGGGGCCCGACCCAGAAACGGUGGAAAGCGUUAUUCAGUAUAUGUAUACAGGAGAAAUACGGGUCAGCACCUGCAACGUACACGAAGUGCUGGAGCUCGCAGACAGGUUCCUGCUGCUGCAGCUGAAGGACUUCUGUGGCGAGUUUCUGAAGAAGAAGCUAAACCUGACCAACUGUGUAGCAGUGCACAGUCUGGCCCACAUGUACACCCUGGACCAGCUGGCCCUGCGCGCCGCAGACAUGAUCCGCCGCAACUUCCACAAGGUCAUCCAGGACGAGGAGUUCUACACGUUGCCCUUCCACCUGGUCCGUGACUGGCUGUCAGAUACCGAAAUCACAGUGGAUUCCGAGGAGGUGCUCUUCGAGGCCAUUGUCAAGUGGGUGCAGCGGAAUGCCGAGGAGCGGGGGAAGUACUUUGAGGAGCUGUUCCGCCUCCUGCGCCUGCCCCAGAUCAAGCCCACCUAUCUGACGCGGGUGGUCAAAACUGAGCGACUGGUGGCCAACAACGAGGCCUGCCUCAAGCUGGUCUCGGAGGCCGUCGAGGGUCACGCCAUCCGCUUCGAGAACCUCAAGUCCGCCGACCUGGAGUUCUGGUCCUCCCACCUGGCGUCCUUCCAGCCGCGCUUUGGCCAGAACAUGGAUGUGAUCAUGGUGGUGGGCGGGGUGUCGGAGGGCGGCGACUACCUGAGCGAGUGCGUGGGCUACUUCAUCUACGAGGACCGCUGGGUCAACCUGCCGCACAUCCACAACCACCUGGACGGCCACGCCAUCGCCACCACCGAGUCGCACGUCUACGUGGCAGGCUCGAUGGAGCCGGGCUUCGCCAAGACGGUGGAGCGGUACAACCCCAACCGCAACACCUGGGAACAGGUGAGCAACCUGACCACGCGCAAGCACUCCUUCGGCCUCACCUGCAUCAAGGACAUCCUCUACAGCAUCGGCGGCCACGGCAACUUCAGCCCGGGCUUCAAGGACGUGAGCGUGUACGAGCCGGAGCAAGACAAGUGGCACAACCUGGAGUCGGCGCCAAAGAUUCUGAGGGAUGUGAAGGCGGUGAGCGUGGAGGACCGCUACGUGUAUGUGACGGCCCGUACGCCAGUGGACACGGACAACGACGACGGGCUGAAGACCAUCACCACGCGCUACGACACUGAGAGCCGGCAGUGGCAGGACGUGGACUCGCUCCCCCUCAUCGACAACUACUGCGUCUUCCAGAUGGCUGUGGCGGCCACCAACUUCUUCCACACCGCCUCCUGCUGCCCCAAGAGCUACUCAGUGCGGGACGAGGCGGCCCGCCAGAAAAUCAGCUCGCGCAUCUCUGACGAGAUCCUGGAGAGCCUCCCGCCUGAGGUCACCAGCAUUGAGGGAGCGGCCAUCUGCUACUUCGGCGAGGAUGUCUUCAUCAUCGGCGGCUGGAAGAACAGCGACGACGUGGACAAGCAGUACCGCAAGGAGGCCUACCGCUACUGCAGCGAGAGGAAGCGCUGGAUGCUGCUGCCGCCCAUGCCCCAGCCGCGGUGCCGCGCCACCGCCUGCCACGUCCGCAUCCCCUACCGCUUCCUGUACGGCUGCCAGCGCUACCCCAUGCCCCAGAACCUGGCGCGGCAGCGGGACCGCAUGCAGCAGAUGCAGCAGCUGCACCGCCGCACUCUCACCCUGCGCAGGCAGCUGCAGUCGCAGAUCGAGUGCUGAGCUUCGCCUCCCGUCCAGCGGGGGGCAGCACUUACUCCACUUCUGGCCAUCAUUGCCAUCAUCCUGCUUUACCUGCCUCAACAUUUUCCGUUGCAUUUUUUUCGGUUGGGAAUCUGUGCAGAUAAUGGAGAUGCCUAGGUGGGUGUGUGGGAGAUGGGACAGAAAAAUCCUUCAUCCGUCAUCUAUAGUCUAUAAUCAUGUACAGUGACAUCUGACUACAGCAUGUCAUGCACAGAUGUUAUGUAUCUUUAUGUACAUACAUAGAUGUUAAUAUGUAUAUAUUAUGUUUAUCUUUAGUUUUAUGCUCAAUGUACAUAUUUACUUUACUGGCAGGACCUAAAUUCUUCAUAUCCAGACCUGCCAUAGGCAGUCACAGGAGAAUCCAAACGUAUUAACUUAACAUUCCAUCUCAAAUGUAGAACCUGCUGUGAGCUCACAUUCCACAUGACAUUUACACUAAGAUGAUUAUUAGAGCCUAUAGGUGGUAGUAUGCUGAUAAUCUGAGCUAUUGACAGUGCAGUUUUUCACCAGCAUUUAUAGUAGCCGUAGAAAGGCUGGUGUUUAUUUCUUCGAUAGCUAACGAAUGACAGAACAUACAGGCUGCCUAAUUUGUUGCUUGCCUUGCUCAGAAACUCUUUCCUUCCCUGUGGUUUAUCUGUAUAGUCACUGUGUAGUCAAUAGAAAGUGGCUUUCCGUACAUUCCUUGAAAGAGUAAAUUAGAGUAAAUUAAACUUAAGGUUAAUCCCCCCUUGCUUGCACUUUAUGUAUCAAUGUGUCUUAUGCCAGAGGUUUGUAGCGAGGGGCCUUCGGACCACCGCAGAUUCCUCGUGUAUCCUGUGGUCAGAAUAUAUUGUUUGGUGGGGUAAGAGUGGUACAUGCUUACAAGGCAUAGUAAGUAGCAAGAAGAGAAAGGAGCAACCUCUGAGCCGCACCUGCACUCAGGUGUGUGCAACACAUUUGAACCUCGCUUUCCUUGAAGCAGCAUUAUACUGUGGUCUCAAAACAAUUCCAUAAACAUUCAUUCAGAUAUUGUCAUAAAGCUAACAUUUCAAAUUCAGUCUAAAUGGUGUGGUAACUGGACCAGAAUAUGCAAUUGCUAGCUCAUUAGUUUUAUGCAAACCGACUUCUAGCACACCGAGAUGGUACAUUUUGGGUCCUACCCUAAGACAGGUCCUACCCUCACUAUCUUUCAACUGGAGACUCACAAAAGUACAUGUUUUCUGCAUUCAUCUGUCAUUUACCUCAAAACAAUGGAGAAAGAGAACCACUGAAUAAAUGUGACUGACAUUAUGGAGGAACUUGGAUUGAGGAGGAUUCACUUCUUUUCCACUGCUUUACCUUGAGUCCCGUGCAGACUGUUAAUGAACUAUAAGAUGCAGGAAAAGGAGCACCAGAGCUGGAUUUGCUUGAACAGAACAGAGGUACAAACUUAUCUCAGUACAUAAGCUUGCAAAAUCCAAAAUCCAGCCCAAGA